GACUGUCAGUAGCUCUAGAGACAGGAGACAGAGAACAUAUGGUGCUAACAUCAAGUGAUAUUGUGUGUGUAACACUAACGAUCCCUGAGAGCAUGUGACUCUCCUUGCUGCCAUUCUAUGCCUGUUCAUUAAAAGUUGUGCGGCUUUGUAGAAGGAAAGAUUGUAAAUACCAGGGGAGCAUGAAGCUGGCAUUAUUUGAGUAUAUCAGUGCACAGGAACGUCCCUAUACCCUAUAACAAUGCUACGGUAUUCCUCUUCUCUUUGGCAUAAGUGUGGCCCCAUUUUUGGACAAGAACCCAUUUUCUGUUAAUGCUCCAUUAGGUGGUGGAACUGCAAACCCUCUUCUGCCAUCCCCUGCCAGUCUUCAGCUUGCACAACUACAAGCUCAACUAACUCUACAACGGAUUAAGUUGGCACAAUCUGCAGUAACAAAUAACACAGCUGCUGCUACAGUCCUCAAUCAGGUGCUCUCCAAAGUGGCCAUGUCUCAGCCACUUUUUAAUCCGCUGAGACAUGCAACCAUGGUUGGUCCACAUGGACAUGCUGGAGUACCAUCUCUUGGACCCACUGUGAAUAAUACCAGGUUUCCUUCAAGUGGAAUACCAUUUUCUCCUCAUAGUUCAGUGGCACAGAAUCCAAACCAAAACUCUUUGCCACCAUUUGGGAAAGGUAUGAGCACUAACAAGACUGGAUCAUUUUAUGCAGGAUCCCAGAUAGAUACAGAGCAGACUGGACAUCACCUCUUCACUGGAGGUGUGCAUAAUUCAGGGACAAUUCCUGAUGUUCACUAUGGUCAUAAACAUGAUCACCCACACAGUUUUAAAAAGGAUUACUAUGAUUCACAUGGGCAACAUCAUGUCAUGAACCAAAAGGGAGACUUUCCAAACACAGCCCCAAAGAGUCAUUGGGAAUCGCCUCAAAUAUGGCAGUCAUCUGGUCAGCAUUAUGAGACUAGAAAUGAGUUGUAUAAUCCAGAGGAACCAACUACUGACAACAGAUUCAGCCCUUCAACCUCUACACCAUUUAACCAACAUAAUAAUGGUAAAGCGGGAAACUGUACUUCCAAUCUGAAGAGUCUGAAGCCACACGAACUGAAUGAUUUUCAUGGCAUACCACCUUUGCACCUCCCUCAUACUUGCACUAUAUGCGACAAAAAAGUAUUUAAUUUGAAGGACUGGGACUUGCAUGUAAAGGGAAGAAUGCAUAUUCAGAAUUUGAUGGGCUACUCUGAAAGCAGCAGUCUACUUUGUAUCCCAAACUGUAGUGACGGAAUGUUAACAACAUCUGUGAAUUCUGAGUUUAACCCCAUGAUCAAUGAAGGUUUUAAAGCAGACACUGACUCUUCAUAUAUUCCCUCAGUUUCUGCUGUAUCCUAUCUUCAGACUGGACUUGCCUUCUCAUCUCCUCCAGCAAUACAAAAGAUCUCUCAGAAAAAAUCUGCGAUUGGUCGAGUGGUUCAUAUCUGUAAUCUUCCUGAAGGAAGCUGCAAUGAGAAUGAUGUUGUAAACCUCGGGCUUCCUUUUGGAAAAGUCACAAACUAUAUCCUUAUGAAAUCCACUAACCAGGCAUUUUUGGAAAUGGCGUAUACAGAGGCAGCUGAGGCCAUGGUGAAAUUCUACCAGGAAAAGCCAGCAAUGAUAAAUGAUGAAAAGUUACUUAUACGAAUGUCAAAACGUUACAAAGAGCUGCAACUGAAAAAACCUGGUAAGAACGUUGAUGCAAUUAUCUACGACAUACAUUCACAGAGAGAAAGAGAUCUCUUCCGUGACACAGACAGGUAUCGAAAUGAAAGGACAAGGUCUCGCAGUCCAAUCAGCCGCUCUUUGUCUCCAAGAUCACAUACUCCUAGUUUUACUUCCUGCAGUUCUACUCAAAGCCCUUUGGGUGCAUCAAGAGCAGAAUGGGGAAAUGGAAGGGAUUCUUGGGACCAGUCAGCUUAUGGUAGGUGGGAAGAUGAAAGGGAGCAGGCUCUUUGGAGAGACAAUGGAGAAGAGAAGAAAGAUAGGACAGAUCACUGGGUGCAUGAUCGGAAACAUUAUUCCCGAACAUUUGAAAAGCAAGAUUUUGAUGACCGCAGUGAUGGGCCUAGAUGUCAUCGGGAUAAAAAAGGCACCUCACAUUCAUCAUCAAGACAUAAAAGAGAUGGAGAAUAUUAUAGGAAAGAGGCUAAGUCAAAGUCAGAGUCAAAGCCUCAUGAAAUGACUGGGAAACUUAAGAGAAAGGAAGAGAGUAAAGUACGAGAUUCCAGGGGAAGUCAUGAAGAGGUUACAAACAAGAGAAACAGUUCACAACCCAAGCCAUGUAAAGUGGAUGAUAGCCGAGAAUUGAAUGCGGACAAGAAAAAACACGAUGAUAAAGAUGUCUGUAAUAAAGACAAUGAACAGAGUGAAAAGAAAGAUGAAUCCAUGGACCAUAACUCUUUAUCACCAAUCUAUGUAAACAAAUUACAGGAACAAGGGAAAGAGACUGGUACUAAACAUAAAGACAAUGAGUGGGAAAGUGGAAGCGAGUUAGAAGGUGAGACAUGGUAUCCAACAAACAUGGAAGAGCUGGUGACUGUGGAUGAAGUAGGGGAGGAAGAUUUCAUUAUAGAGCCAGACAUUACUGAACUAGAGGAAAUUAUUCCAGUUAAUUCAAUAGACGAUGAUAAUAGCAAUCAGGUACCACAGCAUACAGUAAAUACUGUAGAAUUACGGUGUAGUCAGUUAAGCAGGAGUGAAUGUUCAGUUACUCAUGAGGCUUCUAUUGCAAUGAGUAGCAUGUCAGUAAGAGAAAGCACAAGUCCAAAUAGCAGCUGUUGUGACCUGGUAAAGGAUAUCUCAGAAUUAAACCAUAAUACUGAGCAGAAGGGUGAUGAACUGGAAGCAAGUAUAAGCCCGUGCUGUUCCCAUGAGGAUAUAUCGGUGCCGAAGAGUUAUGAGGGUUCAAAAGAAAGCAAUGAAGGAAAACAAUAUUGCAGCAAAGGAAAUGUUGGUGAAGAUUUAGAUGCACCAGACACGUGCAAAAGAUUGAGCUCUCAAGCAGACGAUGAUGUAACAGACUCGCACAUUCAAGAGGAAAGCCAUGAUACGAAGCAUCAAGAUCUAUCAAGCUCUGGUCAUUCUGUAUCAUCAAAAACAUCAUCUUCAGAAGUCUCUGAAUUAGAAUUGAAAGAAAUGCAUUCUUCUCCAUCAUGGGAACAAGAGGAUGUGUUUGCUGAACUUAACAUCCCUCUAGGUGUUGAAUUUGUAGUGCCAAGAACCGGCUUUUUCUGCAAACUUUGUGGCCUCUUCUACACCAGCGAAGAGACAGCAAAAACAUCUCAUUGUCGAAGCCGUGUUCACUACAAAAAUUUACAGAGUUAUUUGUCAAAGUUGGCUGAAGGAAGUUCUGAAAAAAUUGAGGCUGUUAGUGUUGUACAUCAAGAAGAUGGGAUUGUUCCUCACUUUGAGGAAAACCAGGCCUUGAGUUAAACUCUCCAAAAUGUGGUGGAAAAAAAAGAUUUGAUUGAAAAGUCACAUCCAGAGAUAAGGAGUAAAAUAGAUGAAAUAUAAACAAAGAAGACAACAAAUAAAGAAGGACAUUCAUAUCCUCCUACAGCUACUGUGUUGUGGCAUCAGAAAAGAUGUGAAAAGGUCAAAGCAAGAACAAUGUAACCAGGAGUUGCUAUUUCACAUUUUCCUUAAAAAAAGCACCAGUCCAGUUUAGUCGGUCCAAGGCCUGUCUCUCUCUCUCUCUCUCAUAACC